AUGAAUCCUCCCGAAGGCGAGCCUGUGCCUGAGUAUGAACCUAUGCCCGAGGAUGAGCCUGUUCCUGAAUAUGAACCUCUACCCGAAGAUGAACCUGUUCCUGAGUAUGAACCUGAGACUCCUACUGGCCUCGCUGACGAUCUCAUCUCCCUUUCCCAUCUCAUGAUGCCUGUUCAGUCCCUCGAUCUCACUUACUGCCGUGACUCUAACUUGGUGUCACCCCGUCAUGAUGGUCGUUACACUCUGGUCAUCAACAAAGUUCUAAUUCCAAAUGUCAUCCUGCCAUGCCCCGAGCAAAACAACAUCCGUUAUAUUCAGCGUUGGAGGCUUGUUAAUGAAAAUCCUCAAGAUAACCAACCUGAACAUCCUAAUGAGCCGGUGGAUGAAAUGGAACAAGAGUUCAACCAAGCAAAUGCUGAUUUCAACCAACCUCCUCAAAAUAAUCCUCCGCCAAUUACUCUCGAUGCCAUGUAUGCUGCAAUUCAACGUUAA